AUGUCGCACCCACGCGUAGAAGAGGUCUCCGACAGCGACCCCGACUCGGACCCCGAGGAGGUCGACAUCGAUGACUUCGACGACGCCGACAUCAUGCGCCGCGUAGAGCCCGCCGCCGCCAAACCCUUACCCCCAGCCUCUCGAGCAGCUCCCCCCACCCAGCAGCAGCAGCAACAGCAGCAGCCAGUGCACGUCCAAGACCGCAACGCCUACAUCAACUACCAGUGCCUCUACCCAAUCUACUUCGACGCCUCGCGCUCCCGCUCCGAGGGCCGCCGCGUCCCGUCCUCCCUCGCCGUGCGCAACCCCCUCGCCCGCGAGAUCGCAAACGCCUGCUCCCGCCUCCGCCUGCCCACCCUCCUCGAGCCCGACAAGAUCCACCCCCAGGACUGGGCCAACCCGGGCCGCGUCAAGGUCGGGCUCAAGGCCGCGGGGGCGCAGGCCAACCAGCCCUUGCACAACAAGCACCACCUCUUCAUCCUCGUCGCCCGGCACCUGCGCGACAACCCCACCACAGACGACAGCCUGGGCCUGCGUGUUCGUAUCGGCGGCAAGCUCGAGCCCGAGAUGGGCAAGCCGUACCCGCGGCCGGCUGUCCCCCGAGGAUGGAAGCUCGGCGAGCUGCUGCCCUACACCAGCGCCGCCAUGACGGGCGGCGGGGUGUCGGAGAACCUGUUCAAGGACAUGAUGAAGGAGAUGCAGAGCGGAGGGGAUCCCAUGUCCGCGCUCAUGGGCGGCAUGGGCGGCCCUAGUGGUGGUGGUGGUAGCGGCGCCGGCAGCGGGGCGGAGGAGAGCAGCGGGAGCGGGAAGAAGAAGAAGGACAAGAAGAAGGGCAGGGCUUGA